AUGGCCCCGGCUGCGGCGGCCGCCCCCGCCAAGAAGCACAAGAGCAAGACGGCCUCGGUGGUGUCUGGGUCGCUGUCGGGUGCAGUGGUGUCGGCCUGCGUGCAGCCGCUGGAUGUCAUCCGCACCCGCAUGCAGGCAGACAUGGCGCAUGGCGUGGUGCGCAACACGCUGCACACCAUGCAGACCAUCAUGGCAGAGGGAGGCGUGCGCACGUUGUGGAAGGGCACGCAGCCUACAGUGAUCCGGCUGGGCUUGGGCGCCGGACUGCACUUCUUCUUCUUGGAAUCGAUUAAGCCGCUGUUCGAGCGGCAGCAGCCAGAUGGCAGCGUGGGAAUGACCGCCAUGGGGGCCAUGGUCACUGGUGGCAUGUCCCGCACGUUGGCAGCGGUGGCUGCCUGCCCCUUUACCAUUGUUAAGACCCGCAUGGAGUACUCUGGGGCAGGUGGCCAUGCCUACACCAGCACCAUGCACGCCCUCUCCUCCAUCUGGCGCACCGAGGGCCUGCGCGGCAUGUACGCCGGCCUGGGGCCCACCGCGCUGAGCCAGGCGCCCUUCUCCGCCCUCUACUACAUGUUUUACACCCGCCUGCAGGACAAGCUCAAGGCCACAGAGAUGCCGAGUGUGGGCGUCAACUUUGUGUCUGGCACGCUGGCAGCAGUGGCGGCGACGGUGCUGACGCAGCCGGCGGACGUCAUCCGCACUAGCAUGCAGCUCAAUCUGGCCACUGCCACCUCAGCAGCAGGCGGCCCUGCUGCAGCGGCAGCAGCAGCGGCAGCAGCAGCCGUUCCACCCAAGACGACAGCAGGCAUCUUCCGGCACAUUGUAGCGCAGCACGGCCUGCGCGGGCUGCUGUCGGGCGCGGCGCCGCGCAUCGCCAAGCGCACGCUGCAGACGGCGCUGCUGUGGACGCUGUACGAGGAGUUGUACCCUGCGCUCACCAAGGCUGGGGAGUUGGUGAAAGCUGGCAUGGAUGAGAGCCGGGGCGGAGGGAGCAGCAACGUGUCGAAACAGCUUUAG